CUGUCCACCGAGGAGAUGUCCAAAGACCAGCUGGAGGAGCACAUCGUUCGCCUGCGAGAGGAGCUGGACAGAGAGCGGGAGGAGAGGAGCUACUUCCAGCUGGAGAGGGACAAGAUCCAGGCCUUCUGGGAGAUCUCCAAGAGGAGCCUGGAGGAGACGAAGGCCGAGCUGAGGAACAGACACAGGGAGAGAGAGGAGGCGGAGGAGCGCCACCGAGUGGAGAUCACGGUGUACAAGCAGAAGCUGAAGCACGUCCUGUCCGAACACCACGACGCGACCUCCGGGCUGAAGAUGGACGGCGUGGCCUCGACCUCGCUCAUCCAGAACCAGCACACGGAGUCGGAGCUCGGGCUCCGGAGGGAAGUGCACGGCCUGCAGGCGGACUGCAGAGAGAAGAAGCUCCAAAACGAAAACUGCAUCAAGGUGCUCAAACUGAAACACCAGGUGGAGUUAAUGGAGCUGGCGAACGACUACGACAGGAGAAUCAGAGAGAUUGAGGUGAAAUAUCACAAGAAAAUGCAGUCAGUGGUCGAAGCGGAGGGCAAAAAGCGAAGAGCCGAGACGAACGAGCUCGAGGACAGAAUGAAGAGCCGCGUCGUGAGUCUGGUGGAGGACCACGACCGAGCUCUCAGAGGGGCUGAGGAGUACUACUCUGCUGUCCAAACUAAGCUGCUGGUGGAUCAGAAGGUGCUGAAGGAGGAACUUGCGGAGGUGACGAAGCAGCACGCCCGAGCGGACAAAGAGCUUUCAGCAGUUCAGGAGGAGAACAGACGUCUGAGCGAGUCUCUGCAGGAAGCCCAACUGAAGCUGCCCGAGCUCCAGAAACAGCUGGAAGAACACAACCAGACCAAGGCCAAGAUGGCGACGACCAGAGCUCGUGUGAAAGUCAUUGAAAAGGAGCUGAGAGAUCUGACGGUGGAGCACGAGCUGCUGCUGCAGGCGUUUGAAAAGGUUCAGCAGGAGCGUGACGAGCUGUUGAAGAAGCAGACGGAGGCCAUCCUGGACAUCCAGCAGAAGAGCGGACUGAAGGAGUUGUUGCUGGAGAGGAAGUUGGCAGCACUGACAGAAACUCUGGAGAAGAAGGAGGCUCAGCUCUGCACCGCGCUUUCGGUCUCCAACGUCGACCAAACUGCAGUCAGCAACGCCGCCGCCAACAAACUGGAGGAAAUCCUGGAGUCUAAACGCACCGCCAUCAGUGCCUUCCAGAGCGAGCUGGCCCGGGAGUGUCAGGAGUAUGACGACCUGCUGCAGACCUGCAGGGAGAAGCUGGAGGGUCUCAGUGUCCCUCUGUACGACUUCCCCUUCAGGCCCUCAGAGCAGAUCCUGGGUGGAAAGACUCGGGUACCGAACUCUCCUGGACCAGCCUCCAAACACUGAACUCCACCUGCUCUACCUGGACACUCUGAAACCUUCUCUACCUCUCUCUCAUUUCAUAAUUUCCUGAAGAUGUUGCAUGAAUCAUGAAUAAGCAGUUCACAGCUGUUUACUGCAGAUGUUUCUACACAAAUAUAAAUGUCCGUUAUCCUGAAGCUGCUGGUGAUGUUUACCAGGUAAACUCUAAAUCACAAAGAUCAACAUCAUGUUGUCAAACCAAUAAAUGUUUUUAAAUCACAAGAAUUUUUGUUUGAGACUGUCCAUAAAAAAAACUUCCUCCAGUGGGAAUAAAAUCUGUUUGAUGACGAGGCUCAA